UCUCCCAGCCUCAAACACAUGGAAGCACAUACCAUGCCGCAGGCGCCACCGCAGCAUGUCGAGGACAUGGUCGAACUCGUCGAGGAGAUCCUCCUCCGCCUCCCGCCGGACGAGCCUGACAGCCUCGUCCGUGCAGCAGUCGUCUGCAAGCCGUGGUGCAGCCUCAUCUCCAGCCACCGCUUCCGCCGUCUCUACCGCGACUUCCACAAAACACCACCUAUGCUUGGUUUCUUCCACAACCUGUGGACGCUUUCACCCGAUUGUGACAGACUGACACCACGCAAACCACUUUUUACCUCCCCCUCCACCAAAGGCUUCUCCCCGCUUUAUCCCGAGGGCAACUAUUUUGUGUACGACUGCCGCCACGGGCGCGUCCUGCUCGAAAAGAGAUGCGACGAUGACUCUACUGAAGAAGACCUCGACAACAACGGCUGUAUGAAGUUUCUCGUCUGGGACCCUAUGACGGGCAGCCAGUGGCCGCUGGUGGCGCCCGACCAAAGAGCCUGCUGGUGGCAUGGGGCUGCAGUGCUAUGUGCUGUGGACGGCUGUGACCACGGCGCCUGCCACAUGGGUCCGUUUCUUGUGGUUUACAUCAGCAUUGACGAAUAUGAAGACGGUGGCGAGGGAGCUUGGGUGUACGUCUACUCUUCGAAGACUUCUAAAUGGCGCGAACGGGCCUCUAUUCCCCUUAUUACCAUGGAAACAGGACACUGCAUCGAGACAGACUCUUUGGUUCUCGUUGCUGAAGCAUUCUACUGCCUCGUUACGUUGACCUACCCAAAAGAAGCACCCCAAGUUGUCAAGUACGAUUUAGGUGAUAACAGCCUAUCGGUAUUUAAGGUGCCCCCCAUGGUGGCUGAUAGUUCCCAUAUCUCUCCUGCCGUCCUCACAGCUGAGGACGCUGGGCUGGGCCUGGCGCACCUGGACAUGUUCAGCCUCCGCAUGUGGUCUUACGACGACGGGGUGGCGGAGUGGACACACCACAGAGUCAUUGAUCUCAAGAUGCUUCUCCCCAUUGGCGACCACAUGAUUUCACCUAAGGUGGUAGGCUCUGUGGAGGGCACUCAUACGAUCUUUGUUGCAACAGAUCUUGGCGUCCACAUGAUCGAUCUCAGCUCGCUGACGUCCAGGAACGAAGGUCAUAAUUUGCAACUGUCUCAGAAGAUAUAUUCCAUGGUGGGACGACGGGUCGAUUGCAUCUUUCCCUACGUCUACGAUCGACCAGUGGUCACGGCUAGGAGGACUGUGUCGACUGGAGAAGGCGCUGCAUCUGUUCGCCGAAGCAAACGGACCCGGAGGCCUAACCCAAGGUACCUGUGAGCCCAAUCUGUCAUAUAUUCAGCAAUGAGCAAGGUGUGAAGAAGCUAGACAUGGAACUUGCAGCCGGUUCGGGUUUAAAAAUAACUGGAGGUCGACUCUCUCUUUUCGGAUAUCCUUCUCUUCCUCUCGAAUGCGCCUAAUUUGGGCACAAUUUGUACUGGAUCCUUUCAGUUGUAGUAGGUUAAUAUCACUUGAUCUUCUGAAGUCCAAAGUCCAAACCGAUCUAUUUGCCCAGUAGCAACGGCACAUUAAGGAGAA